GUUGGAAGACACAUGGCCGCGCACGGUGUUUACAACUUCUCGUAAUGAACAAGUGAAUAGAUUUGAAAGUCACGAAGUGGGAAAAUAUCAAAAGUCUUCGUGCUCGCUGGUGUUAGGUGAAGGUUUUACGCUUCCGGGCAGAAAUUGUGUUUAUUGCAGAGUUGUGAGUAGACCCAAAGGCUAGCCAAGCCUUAACACAGGCUAGUGGGUGCUGUGAUGUCCUCGUCUCCCAGCAGACUCAAACACCCAAACUGCAGGAAGAAGCACUAUCCUAGUAGCACUUACCUCACUCACGUUUGACAGCCAACCAUCGGACACGAAGCACUUGGACACCAGGUAGAGGACUUCAGAGGAGGCAGUGAGAUAAACCAAGAGAGAUGACUGACUCAGGUGGAGGAGAUGAAAGCGGAGGUGUGGCUGGGACAGGACAGGAUGCUGAAGCUGAUAAUGAGCCCCCUCACCAGGCACCAUCCUCACCGGAAGGCGACGGCUUAGAAAUCCCUUUAGAGGAAGAGCCUCCGUCUGCCAAGAGGCCCAGACUGAGUGAUGCAAAUCAGGGGCUAGAACAGGUUACUGAGCCCUUACAGAUGCAAGGGGAAGCACCAGCACUGACUGGAGGUCUACAGGAGAACCCAGACUCACCAAAGCAAAGAGCACUGCUACAAUGUGAAGAAGGAGGUCAAGGUGCAGAGGAGGUAAUUUUGAGUAGGGGAUGUGAGAAAGAAUGCCACCAAAAUGGAGAUGGGGUGCAUGAUGAAGAAGGAGAGACAAAACCAGAGGAAGAUCAUAACAGCAAUGGAUCUGCUGACAGCCCUAGUGAAGGACAGCGCCUUGGGUUAGAUUUUACCCAGAACCCGCAGAUGCUGACUGGUUCCUGGGCUGAGUACUCGAGCCUCCCUGAGAAUUACCUAAAAGGAUGCAAAUGGGCCCCUGAUGGUUCGUGUAUCCUGACCAACAGUGCAGACAAUGUCCUCCGUGUGUACAACCUUCCACCAGAGGUUUACAGCUACAACUGGGACUUGCUACCUGAGAUGAGUCCAGUGUUGAGGAUGGCGGAGGGCGACACCAUCUAUGACUACUGCUGGUAUCCUAAGAUGAACUCUCUGGAUCCGGACACAUGCUUUCUGGCCAGCAGUAGCCGUGACAACCCCGUCCAUGUGUGGGAUGCAUUCUACGGGGAAGUACGCGCUAGUUUCCGACCCUACAAUCACCUGGAUGAGCUCACUGCUGCCCACUCCCUCUGCUUCUCCCCUGAUGGCACACAGCUCUACUGUGGCUUCGACAAAAUUGUCAGAGUUUUCUACACUGAGCGACCUGGAAGAGACUGUGAGGAGCGGCCCACCGUAGUGAAGAAACAGGGCCAAAGUGGCAUCAUCUCCUGCUUUGGCUUCAGCCCCUGCCAGUCUGUUUACGCCUGUGGCUCUUACUCCCGCUGUGCUGGCCUCUACUCCUGCCAAGAUGGCACCCUGCUGGCCCUGCUGCCGACCCGUCACCACGGCGGCCUCACCCAUCUGCUCUUCUCCCCUGACGGCAACUACCUGUACACUGGAGGGCGCAAGGAUCCAGAGAUUUUGUGCUGGGACCUAAGGGAGCCAGGUAAAGUAGUGUUUUCACUGAAGAGGAACGUGGCCACCAACCAGCGGAUCUACUUUGACUUAGACGUGUCAGGCAGGUACCUGCUGAGUGGGGACACUGAGGGGGUGGUGUCAGUAUGGGACACCCAGACAGCCCCUUCUGGUGGGAAUGAGGAGCUACUACAACCCCAGCUCAGGUUCCAGGCCCACUGGGACUGCACCAACGGCAUCAGCAUUCAUCCAUUCAUGCCUCUGUUGGCAACAUCCAGCGGCCAGCGUCAGUUCCCAUGGCCCAGUGACAGCGGGGACGACUCUGCCUCUGACGGCGAGGGAGCUGAAGCUGUGAUACCGCCACAAGAGACCCGACAAGACAACGCCCUCAGUCUGUGGUGGGCAGGACUGCUCAGCCCUGCAGCGGAGGAGGGUCCAGAGCAGAAAACAGAGGGGGUGGAGGCCUGAACCCUGGGUAAUCCCAUCAGCUGACACUCCCUCCUCUGACUGGGGUCAAAUCAAGUUACAUCCAACAUGUGAUAUUUAUUUUGGGAAGGAUUUGUGUGGAUAAAGCUAAUGAUGGAUGAACUCGAUUCUUUGUGCUAUCAGCAACAUGAAGUCCCAGAAUAUUGUUUUAAAGGGUGUAGUAAUACUCGCAUAAUUAGAUUCAGAGGAAAAGUCUGAUAAUUAAGAAACAUUUUGAGCAAUUAGUUUUAAGACUUCAUUGUUGAAGAUUCCCACCUUAACAAGAGACAAAAGAAGGACAUAUUUUAAUUUUUGUUUAUUAAUUAGCGAAAACACAGACCCAGUCAAGUGAAAUAUAAUGAAUCUGUGAAGUUUAAAGUUAAUUUGUUUGGCCUUUUAAAUUAAGUGGUGAAUCAACCUCCUGUAUGAGGUGAAUUUGGUUGAAUUAAAAGCCUGGGCUGAUAGUGAAACAGGCGAGUGUCUGUGCUGAGUGCACCACCAGUGUAAUUUGUAUUUGUUGGAGUGUUUGUUUACGUGUGUGUGGCUAUAAUGCUGCCCAGGAGAUUCUUUACUGCUAUAGUUAAAGUGCCAUUUGUUCCUAAGCUUUGCUUUUGUAAACUGACAGGAUCUCCUGUUUUUAGCUUGUUUUUUAAUCUAUUGGAUGCACCAAGUUGUUGUGUCACCCUGUGCAUGUCCACAAAAUGUAUAUUUUUGUAAAACCAUGAUGAUCAUUCUGAUUUUUGAAUGUAUACUCUGUAAGCAGCGAGCUUGUGAAAGUACGCUCAUAACCUGUGAAUUUCUUCAAUUACUGGGUGCAGCUGGGUUACAAUUGAUGUAUUUUUUCUACAGAUAGUGCUCAGAUUACAUUUGUACUUACAUGAGUGGUGAUGUUGCAGUAAACCACAUAAUAUUUGUAUAAUUGCUUUGAUAACGUACUGCAGUGAUUUGCUCAUUGUUGCCAACUGUUGGGUGUGCUUUGCUGUAAGGUUUCUGUGCAGGUUGAGGAGCUCAGCAUGCUCCAGCCAACGGUUAGUAUCGUCAGACAUAGAGUAGUCUAUUGAUUAAAGAAGCCUCUCUGGAUCCAGGUUUCCCUUUUUGGAACUCAAAUUUAUUGCCAACUAAUUUAUCAUAAAUGCUCUCUUGCAGCAUAUUAGGAGCCAUGCAGGCCUUGAUGAAUUCAUCCAAGUCUCUAGAUAUGUCUCCAACAGGUGGCUUUUCUGGUGAUUAUAUUCAGUCUGGGGUGAAUUAAAAGCAUAUCUCUUCCCAUA